UUGGACACGUGGGAUUGCAUGUAGUCAUUUCAGUUACGAAACAUAAACAGUAAUGGCGGCCUCCAUGUGCAUCAAAAUUACGUAAAAUAUUUUCAAUGCUUGUGCAAAAUACGAGUGGAAAUUGAAUGUGAGCAUCAUCUAAAGCUUUUGCCUACUAUUUUCAGAGGAAAAUGUCUGCAGCUAUUUAAUUCGAUUCUGGAAGAAUCACGGGGAGACCCUUGUGAAAAAUAUUCUUUCAAACGAAUCAAACGGCUCAAAAUUAGAAAUAUGAUUUCAAAACUCAUUGCCAAAUACCCUGUGAUCAAAACUAUGAGUGCAUAUUUUUGUAUCAACGUGGCUGCAGACUUCAAUGAACAGGUGUUAUUUAAAGGGCGCACAAGAGAAACAUAUGACCGUGGUAAAACUGCAAGAAUUGCCGCCACUUGCACCUUCGUCACUUCACCCAUAAUGUUUGUUUGGAUCCGAUUUAUAGAUAAGGCUAUACCAGGCAAAGCUUUGUUAUCUGUCAUGAAAAAAGUGCUCUCUGAUGCUUGUUUUUUCGCACCUUGUAUCAUCUCUACAUUUUAUAUCACAACAAAUAUAUUGGAAGGCAAAAAAGAUCUUACAGAAGAAUGGAAACAGAAAUUUUAUCCAACUUGGACAACUGGACUUUGCUACUGGCCUUUUGUACAGACUGUGAAUUUUGCUUUAAUUCCAAUGAAAUAUAAAACUUGCCUUUAUAUGCCAACAGCUUCUUUCAUCUGGAUGAACUAUCUUUGUUAUAUGAAAGACAAGAAAGUUAUUCAUGAAAACGAAGAGAAAGAAGAAAGUUCUAUGCAACAUACAUGUAACAGUCCAGUGUCAAACAACUUGAUGCCAGUUUUCCAAGAUUCAGCAAUAACUAACAUUCCAUUAUCACUGACUGUUGUUCAAAACAAAUAUAUUUAUGUGAACUUGUCAGACUCCAUGUGUUCAGAAAAGAGUGGCAUUACUGAAAAUGCUUCUAUAGACUCAUGUUCACAAAAUUGUACCCUACAACCUUCAAAUCCCCAAACUUCACAGCCGUCAGAAAAUGGUGCCUCUUGUAAUACUGAUAUUGGAGUCAAGUCUGGAUUGAUGUUUCAGUCACCAGACAUUUUUACAAUGGGAGUUAUUCUUUGCCCUCAUUGAAGAAAAGUUUUUAAAUCAUAUAUUUAAUUUUUAUUGGAGGAUUGUUCUGACUAUUUGCCAUGUGCCAAAGAUUUGUAUUUAAAUAAAAUUCUUAACAUUA